AUGGCAGGCGACAAGUCAUACCUCAUCGUCGGUGCAGGCGUGUUCGGGGUGUCAACGGCAUACCAUCUGAUCAAGAAAUACCCGGAUGCAUCAGUAACCAUCAUUGACCGGGACGCGUACGACGCCUCAUCCCGCGUGGCGGCGUCGUGGGACUGGAACAAGGUGGUGCGGGCCGACUACGACGACAUCGUCUACUGCCGGCUGGCGCUCGAGGCGCAGGACGUGUUCCAGACCGAGGCGCUGUGGAAGCCGUACUUCCACCAGACGGGCAUCUACUGGAUGUGCCGGGACGACUACGCGCGGGACGUGGUGGACAACUACAAGAAGCUCGGGCGGCGGGCCGACCUGGCCGCGGUGCCCGUCGACGAGGCGCGGAAGCUGUACGGCGGCCUGUUCGAGGACGCCGACUACACGGGCGUCAAGGAGGUGCUGGUCAACAAAACGAGCGGCUGGGCGGCGGCCGGCGACUGCCUGAUCGCCGUGACCAAGGAGGCCCUCAAGCUGGGCGUCAAGUACGUGACGGGCGAGGUGCAGACGGUGCUCCUGGGCACCGACGGCCAGGGCCAACGACGCUGUACCGGCGUCAGGACGACCCAGGGCGACGUGCUCACGGCGUCGCACGUCCUGCUGUGCACGGGCGCGUACACGCCGAAACUGCUCGAGCUGAGCGCGGCGAGCAGCGGACACGAGGAUCUCUCCGCCGGCAAGCGCAUCGUGGCCGGCGGCAUCACGACGGGCAUGACGACGCUCGCCGACGACGAGACCUACGCGCGCUUCGCCUCGAUGCCCGUCGGCGUGCAAGGGUACACGGCCGAGCAAGGGCCCUUCAUCGGCAGCCUGCCGCCCACCAAGGACAGGGAGCUCAAGUGGUGGGGACAGACCAUCUUCAGAAACAACCGAGAAGUCCUGCCUGGUCGAGUGCUGUCUGCGCCGCCGCCCGAGCCCGACUACGCCCAGUGGAAGGUCUCGGGACGCCUGAAGGAGGACAUCAACCAUGCCAACCACGUCUUUUACGGCAAGAAUGGAGCGAAGUGGAAGAUGGAGAAACAUCGAAUUUGCUGGGACGCUUUCACCACCAGCUCCGACUUCAUCAUCUCCCCCCACGCCGCCGCAAAGGGCUUGUACGUCGCGACGUGCGGCAACUUCCACGGCUGGAAGUUCUUCCCCGUGCUCGGCAAGUACAUAGUCCAGAUGCUGGAGGGGACGCUGUCUCCCGAGCUCACGGAGAAGUGGGCCUGGGAUCGAGAGAGGCCCGAUCCUUCGGGCUUCGCAGAUUAUCCGAGGUGGGAGAUGAAGGAGCUUAUCGGGGCUUCGAGGCUGUAG